AUGGAAUCUAAAGAGAGACCUAGUAAAAGCUACACUCAACAGGCCUACCUACCCCGGCUUCCUAUUGAAAGAUGCAGAGAAAAGCUUGUCCAGGCAGCCAGGGAUACUUCAUGCUUUAUUGUGACUGGAGACACUGGCAGUGGAAAAAACUACACAGCUUCCUCAGUAUCUCUACAAAGCAGGGUUUGCUGAGCAUGGCAUUAUCGGAAUCACACAGCCACGCAGAGUUGCCACUAUAUCUGUAGCAGAGAGAGUGGCAGAAGAAAUAAAUUGCUCAUUGGGAAGUACUGUAGGUUACCAAGUACGAUUUGAUGACUGUACAUCCCAGAAGACUGACAUUAUGUACCUGACUGAUGGGUGUUUAUUGCGGCACACUCUGACAGACCCUGAUCUCCUGAAGUUCAGUACAGUUGUUUUGGAUGAAGCUCAUGAGCGAAGUUUAAGCACUGAUAUUUUGUUUGGUCUGCUAAGAAAACAGUUCCUAUCAAAGAAUCCUCCAAAAAGAAAGUACGCCCUCAAAGUUAUUGUGAUGUCUGCCACACUGGAUAUUGAACGACUUUCUGAGUUUUUCAAUAACUGCCCGGUAGUCACAAUUCCAGGAAAAGUCUUUCCAAUUAAAGAGAAAUUCCUUAACUUUAUCGGCCCACGAGACAAGGACAACACUGCGUACAUUACAGAGACUGUAAAGGUCACAAUACAGACACAUUUAAAUGAACUUGCUGGGGACAUUCUUGUUUUUCUUACAGGCCAAUCAGAGAUUGAGAAGGCUUGUGACAUGCUAUUUGAAAAGGCUGAACUGACUGACUAUCGCCAUGAUGUUUAUGACUCUUCAGUGGAAGGCCUGCUAAUUUUGCCAUUGUAUGGCUCCAUGCCAACAGAUCAGCAAAAAAGAAUAUUUCUUCCUCCCCCUAAAGGGAUCAGAAAAUGUGUAGUAGCCACAAAUAUUGCUGCAACCUCUGUGACCAUUGAAGGAAUAAGGUAUGUAAUAGACAGUGGAUUUGUGAAGCAGCUAAACCACAAUCCCAGGGCUGGACUCGACGUUUUAGAAAUAGUUCCCAUUUCAAAAAGUGAAGCAGUGCAGAGAGCGGGCAGAGCAGGGAGGACAGCAUCUGGAAAAUGCUACCGAAUUUACAGUGAGGAGUUCUGGAAUAAAUGUAUGCCGGACCACAUGAUACCUGAGAUUAAGCGCACCAGUCUAACAUCUGUCAUUCUAACCCUUAAAUGCCUGGAAGUAAAUGAUGUUAUCAGGUUCCCAUACUUGGACCCCCCUGAAGAAAGGUUUAUUUUAGAAUCACUCAGGAAGCUAUAUCAGUGCAGCGCAAUUGACAGGAGUGGUAAUGUCACAAGAUUAGGACAUUUCUUGAUAGAGUUUCCAUUAUCGCCAAAUCUCGCUUGUGCUGUGAUUAAAGCUACCUCUGCGGGGUGUGAAGACCUGCUUCUUCCAGUGGCAGCUAUGUUAUCAGUGGAACACGUCUUCAUACAGUCAGGAAUAUCUCAAAAACAAAAGGAACCUGACCAUAGUCAUGAAAGGUUAUCCAGCAUGGCUGGAGGAGGAAAUGACUUCGCCACUCUGCUUUACAUUUUUGAACACUGCAAAUCUAUUGAUAGUCCUGCUUCAUGGUGCCAAAAAAAUUCAGUUCAUUGGAGAGCUGUAAAAACUGCAUUCAGUGUGGAAAAGCAGUUAAGAGACAUUACAAAUAAGCUCAAAGAGAUGAAGGACUUUCCCAUUGAAAAGAUUGAUCUUCCCAGGAAUGAAAAAAUCAUACGUUGUCUUUGUGCUGGUUUCUUUUCUAAUGUUGCCAGAAGGUCAGUAGGAAGAACAUUCUGCACAAUGGAUGGAAAUGGAAGUGUGGUGCACAUCCACCCUUCAUCAACUUUGUUUGGCCAGGAAACCAACUUAGAGUGGAUUUUGUUCCAUAGUGUUUUGGUGACGUCUAAGAUAUUUGUCAGGACUGUGUGUCCUAUCCACUAUGAAUGGGUUAAAGACUUGCUUCCAAAAUUGCAUGAUAUUGAUGCGUAUGAAUUGAGCAACGUGGCCAGAGAAGAAGUGACUGAAGAGGAACUGGCUAAAUGGAAUGCUAGAGAAAAAGCACGGCAACGUUAUGAUGAUUUUGAGGCCUCAUUGAAAAAAAUGCAGAAGAGAAAUGAUGACCAGUCCAUAUCUGAUGCAAGAGCACGCUUCCUUGAGCGUAAACAUCAGAAGAGUCAGAAAACAAACAUUCAGCAGGUGGACAAAAGCUGA